UAAACCGAUCUAGCCAGCCUCUUACGCGCUCAUGUCGUGCGAUCGUCGAUUCACGCAUCUUUCGUCCCGCUCACCCCCUCUCUCCCGCGAGGUGUUCUUUCUAAGCCUGACGACCCUCCUUUGUAUCACAUCCUGUAGAGCAACGUUUCAUUCCGCUGCUGUCACGCAAUCCAAGCGAGCUGAAUCACGAUCAGUCGGAUCUAGACCAGAUCAGUCCCCGGAAUCCCGACAAUUGCGGCGAAUCCUGACAGAAUCCGACGAUCUCGGAGCCAACCCUCAAAGUGAUGACGACUCCCCAACCAACACCGAGCCUGAUCCUCUGGUUCGGUACCGCGACGAGGCAGAUUCCGAAGCUGAUGUCGCCGCCUCCUCCUGGCAAACCCCGUUUCUCCGCCCCAGCGAAUCCAUCCCGCAGAUCUCGCCGCCGAAUGCGCUGAGCUCGCGCCAGGAUUCGACCCCGCGGUUCUCGCGGCGCGGGAAUCCUUCGGACCAAUCACGACGCUGGACGAUCUAAAGCGGCUCGAGGACGGCCAGCGCGUGCUCGUCGUAGCUCCGCGGUUCGGCCUCGGGAACACGCUGCGCAAUUGGGUAUCCGCGUACAUGUGGGCUUUAAUCUCCGGUCGCAGAAUAGUCAUUCUCCACGCGGGUAAAUUCCACGGCGUACUAGCGAGCACCUGCGAGGCGUUUAAAUGCGAUUUCGACCACAUAUAUCCCAAGAAACUGUUAGACUCUCGUGUCAGGGGAGGGGAGGGGAGCGC